AUGGCAAAAUACGAAGUUAUUGACGAAGAUCCAAAAUUCGGUAAAGUGGUCAGAUAUUUUCGACCAGCUGAUUAUGCAUUAUGGGGAGGAUCGGCUGCGGGUGCUCCAUUGCUUCUUUAUUUGAUGGAACAAUAUGAACCUGCAUCUGGAAGAACAUUUAAAGCUCCACCAGCAACCUUUGUAAGGGCAGCAGGUUUGAUUGGAGUAAUAGGAGGUUUUAUCCUAGCAUAUAACGAGUCCACAAAAAGAUUUUGGGGUCUUUCCGAGAAUAAAAGAGAGGUUCAGAAAGAUAGGUAUGAGGUGAAAAGACUUUUAUCUCAGGGGAAGAAUCCUUAUGGUGUUGAGAAGUCGUCUUUAACACCAUAUCUUCAAGAUGUUGCUUCAAGAAACUCAAACCACUCUCAGUUGCUCCUCUCAAUGAUACCUUGGUUUAACUUUGUCAACCAUCCAAAUCAUGGUGUCGAUCUAAAGAAGUAUUAUGAGGUUAGGGAUGGAGAGGAGAAAUGGGAAUUUAAGAAUCUGGUUCCUUUGGAAAAGAUUCCAGGCGUUAAAAUGAACGAGAACUAG